UAACGAUUCUCAAAUUUACUCUACCGAGUCCUUAACGCUCGCGAGAAUCUCUGAUCCGCCGUCGUUCUGAUCUUCCGCCAUUUGCUUCCGUCGAAACUUUUGAAACCGAAUCGAGCAAAAGAGCUGGAGAGAAAAUGUCACAAGGAUGGUUUUCGCUAGGCGGAAGCAGCAGCGCAGAUCAGCAGCAGCCGGAGCAGCAGAAACCAGGUUCGUCCCUGCUCGCUGAUUGGAACUCUUACGCGGCGGCGAGAGAUGUGGAGGAAGGUGGCGGCGGAAGCUUCGGGUUUGACAUCGAAUCCGCCGUUAGAUCUGCCAACGACACCGUUUCCGGCACCUUCAGUGUGGUUUCGAAGGGAGUUAGAGAUAUUCCGGGGAACCUGUCGUCGGCAACCAGCAGUAUGCCAUCAGGGAAAGCCUUGAUGUAUUUCGGUUUGCUUCUCGCCAGUGGUGUGUUCUUCAUCUUCAUUGCCUUCACUAUGUUUCUACCAGUCAUGGUGCUUAUGCCUCAGAAAUUUGCUAUUUGUUUCACCCUCGGAUGUGGAUUUAUCAUCGGAUCGUUCUUCGCACUUCGUGGCCCACAGAAUCAGCUCGCACACAUGUCAUCCAUGGAGAGGCUUCCUUUAACAAUAGGUUUCAUUGCCACCAUGGUUGGUACCAUAUACGUCUCCAUGGUUCUCCACAGCUACAUUCUCUCCGUGGUCUUCUCCGUCUUGCAGGUUCUUGCGUUGGUUUACUACUGUAUAUCCUACUUCCCUGGAGGAUCAUCCGGCAUGAGGUUGCUAAGUUCUGCUCUUACCUCAUCUGUUCUAAGAGUUUUUGGGAGAUGAGCUUUUCUCUGGUGUAUAGAGUUUUUUCGAAAAGACAUUUAUGAUCUUGAAAGAGAUGUUAAAAGGUCCGGACUCCGAAACCAACUGAUGCUAUCACUCUUUUCUUUUUUACGAUGCUGUUGAUUACUGGUGAGCAUAUAUAUAAUGUUUAGUUCGUUAUUUUCAAA